AUGCAAGAUCAAAAGGGAUUAGAUUUAUUAAAACUGGAGUUGGAGCAAAUAACAAAAGAAAGAAAUAUGCUUGAAGCUGAGAUUAUGAAGCUAAAACAGAUUAUAGAAGAAAAUGCUAAACGUGAAGCCAAGGAUAUAAGUGUUACUUCUGAUACUCCUUUAAGGAUAACGGAGCUGACUGAGGAGAAUGAAAAGGUACCUGAUCUUCCUAGCAAUUUGGUUGUCAUUAACAAAAAUACAGGUCAAGGCAAUAAAAAUAAAGGCUUGUUAAGCGACGAAGCAUUAGAUAAACUUAUUAAAGUGGCUAAUGGAAUAUUGGAAGAGCAUCAAAAUUAUAAUAUUAAAAUACCAUUUGUUCCAUCUUUGACUGAGGCAAAAGUUGUACACGAUGGUUUGGUUCAUAGUUUUCCAUCCGCUUUGUUGGUGGAAGGUGAUGUUAUUGAAAUGAUAUAUGGUGACAUCGCCCCUUGUAGAAUAAAAGUGAUUUCUCAGGAUCUUAGCAGUGAUCUCAACAAUAAGGAACAAGAUAAUAAGGAAC